AUGGCUACAUCUUCCACAUCGACCGAUACUUCUCCAGCAGGUGCGCCCGAGAGUGUAUCCAGACAAUAUAAUCUUCGCAAUCCGCUUCCGCUCUCAGCUCCCCAAGAACAAGAAGUGAAACAACUGUACUACAAGAGAGUACGCGCCUAUUGCGCCCCCGAGAUUAAAGCAUUUGCCGAGUGUGCCGUUAACCGCACUGUCACUGCAACAUGGAUCUGUCGCCAGCAACGCCUCGCAAUGAAUUCAUGCAUGGUAGCCCACGCGAAGCCGGAAGAAGAGGAUCGCGCACGUGAGGAGUGGUUCGCGGGGCAUGAGGAACGGCGACGCGCGAAAGAGGAGGAUCUAGCACGUGUUGAAAAGCGGCGCGAGGAAGUUAUUCGCAUGAUGCGUGAGGAUGAAGCGCGCACUCGAGCGGCAGGGAAAUGA